UCUAUGUAUUGAGACAAAGAGGAAAAUCGUAGCACGGUUUGCAUACUUAGUGUCAGUUGCUUGGUAGGAAAUGUCUAGGACACAUGUAUUGUAUGCAGAAAAGCAAGUUGUAAGAAUUGUCAGUUGCUGAAGCCAUUUCAAGUAUCAUAACAUUUUGCUCAUCCAAGUAUACUGACUGUUUAUUAAUUAUUACAAAUAAACAUUGUGAUACACAGAAUCUUUGUGCAUAAUAUGAAAAGUUUGACAAAAGAACCUUCAAGCCACUUACCAUAAAAUAUAUGAUAUUAUGAUGUCUGCUGUAUUUUCCCCCAUUGAAUUUUGCUUUCUACUUUGGAGUCGAUAGUAGAGUUGUGUAUUUUUGGAUAAAAGUCUUUAAAAUCCUACCAAUAGUCUUGAGGCUGGGAUAUGACAGCAUUUCUACUUGAUUCUAUAAUACCAAAUUUUGAUAAUGUGCGUGCUUUUUUCUGUUACAGACUCUGCAAAUAGUAAUUGUAAUUUUUCUGUUGAUGACAUCAUAUAGCUUAAAUAUGCCAGUGACUUUGGCUUAAUCUCAGAUGAAAGCUCUGUGUGUCAUGUGAAUACCUUAUGUGGUUAAAAUUUGUCAUAUGAUUUUGAACAAAUUGUCUAGCUUAACUCAUUCUACCAUGGAUGUGAAAAUAUUUAUUUGCAUAUGUGCCCUGCAUCACAACAGUGUAAUUAUAAAAGUGUGAUAUGUACACUGUACUGUAUGCCGUACAUAAUUCAUUCACGUUAAUAUUAAAAUAUGUUACAAACAAGAACUGUAUUUAUCAUUUUUAGCAGCAAGUUGUAAAAUAUCACUUGACAGGAAUUCUUAUACCACAGAACAGUACCAGCGUUCAGUUCUGCUUAGCAAUACAAAACAGCUCUGAUAAAUUGUCGAAAUGGCUUGUCGAACAAUUAUUAUCAGUUAGUGUGUGGCAGUGAUAUUGUUGUCUGUAGAAAAGUUUUAUUGUCAUUAUCCCACAAGAAGCUUUAAAAAAUAUGAUUGAAAUGUAGAGAGGAGUUCAUAUUAAUCUGAUAAAAUGAACAUCAUGUUUAUAAAAGGCCAGUAUCAUUUACUUAUGUGGAUCAGGAAACAAACAUGUUUGUAACACUGACAGGUAAUAAACCACCAGCAGGCAGUACCUUAUGCUCAGUGCAAUAGCUGCGGACAUUUUAAUGCAGUUAUGAAGACUUAAUUGGAGACUCAUUGUUUUAGGAGACUUAUAGCUGAUUUAUUGCCUGGUAAUACUGAUUGAUACCACAAAGAAAUGAUAAUGCCAAGCUUUGGAGAAUUUGCCACAUUAAAAUUCUCUACAAGGAUUGAAAGGCAUAAUGCAAUAGUCAUUGAUAGUUUGUUCUUAGACCCAAAAAGCUACUGUGAUUUAGCUAUAAAACCAAUAGUCAGUGGUCAAUCUUACCAUGAUGAUCAAAUGUUAACAAUAAAAAAGGAAUCAGAACCGUUAUAGUCCAGUCAAUGAUGAUGGUUCACACAGCUCGAGACACAGACGGCAAUUGCAUUGUUGCCAGUUCCAAGCAAUGGUUGUGCAGUGAAAGCCUGCUUGAAAUAGCACAGCGACUCUGCAAAGAGAAAAAGCAGUUACCAGCAGCAACUGAAUCAAAAGAAUGCUCCAUUUUGUUCAUGGGAAAUAAAGGAGUGGGGAAAACAUCAUUAAUAUACCGAUUUCUUGACAGAAAUGAAACUGCAAAACCAACAUUGGCACUUGAAUAUGCUUAUGGGCGGAAAUCGGGGAAAAGCUUGGUAAAGGAUGUGUGCCACAUCUGGGAACUGGGUGGUGGAACUCUUUUUUCAGGACUUCUUCAGGCACCUCUUGCAUCAUGCCAAUCUCAAGGCUUAAAAAAUUUGACAGUAGUGCUCAUGCUUGAUUUGUCAUUACCAAAACAACUUUGGCUGACACUUGAAACCCUUAUCCAAGCCCUGUUGUCUGCCUUAAGAAGACAGACUGGCAGUCACCUUCAAGAGCUCCAGGAAGAAGCUUGGCUUCGAGUGGGGAAAGACCACCAGGACAAGGAGUACCUUGACCCAUUUCCAGUGCAGCUUGUGAUUCUUGGUGGGAAGUAUGACCUGUUCCAGGAGUUUGAUCCUGAAAAGAAAAAGAUCGUGUGUCGUUCUCUUCGAUAUGUGGCUCAUACUCUUGGAGCAACAUUGCUGUUCUAUAGUCAUCGUGAUACUGGCCUUGUAAAGAAAGCAAAAGAUGUGCUGAACCAUCAUGCAUUUGGUGCUCUGCCAGUAAAAGGCAUUUCACAAGAUUAUAAUAACCCAUUAUUGAUACCUGCUGGAUCGGAUUCAAUGGAGCAAAUAGGAAGAGGGUUUGGCUCAUUCCCUCAGAAAGGGGCUGGUUCAGCUCUGGAGAGAUGGAAACACAGUUUCACAACUCACUUUCCACAGGAGGCAGAAACUAAUGCUAUUCCAGAUGAUCCUGCCAAGGAUCUCAACUUUCGUGAACCAUUGAUAGAUUCAUUAAGGGCACAGAAAGAUGAAGAGCUUGAACGAUACCGCCAGGAAGCUGAGAAAAGACAACAACACCAACAAAACUAAUAACAAAACAGGUGCAGUUGAAGACGGUAUUACAGGCCGGGUGCAAGAGUGAAGUAGCUCCAGGUGGUUCUGAGAUGAGAUAUGUUCUCUUAGCUGCAUCAGUAUUGAUCUUUCAAGCUUUAUUGGAUUUCAGUCCAGUAGGAUCCCAUGGAAAAGUACUAAUAUGUGUGAUGGUUCAAAAAAUUGACACUGGUCGUAGUACUACUAAGAUUAUAAAACAUGAGGAAAUUAGGUACAGGUAAAAUGUGUAUGAAUAUAUGCCCACAGAGAUUAGAGAGUAAAAAUUGUAGUUGAUAUUAAAAUUAAAACUAAUUGUAUAAAAGAAAAGUUGAAGGUAGAUAAAUUCACAAUGACAAAGUGGGAUGGCCUGUACUUAACUUUCAGCAGAUGCAUCUCAGUAAAACUUGUACAAAAUAAGUAAAAAUAGUUCUCCAACCUUCACAAUGUACUCAGUGUGAGUCUUAACCUGUCUUCUGAAUCACAUGCCACCCUCCCACCAUUUCCAAUCAUUCCCAGUGAUUUCUUCUUUCCUCUACUGAAGAAGGAACUCAUGAUGCAGAACUAAGAGUACUGUUUCAAUUCGUUUUUCUGUGGUUUUGUUGUGUGUAUUGGGACUUGUACCUCUUGAAGAUAAGUACUGUGGAGGCCAUCAGUCUUUUUAUUAAGUUAAAAUUGUCACGAUUUAGAUGAAAUAGAGAUUUGUAAUACAUUAAUCAGUGCAGUGCACGAAUGUUUUAUGUCACUUCCUGCUCUACUUAAAUUUCAGCAGAAAGAUGUAACUUUUUUUUUAUCAAAAAUCAUUCUGUAUCACAAAAGUCAAAAUUAAAUAAAACCACAGUCAAAAACAUAUGAAAAAUUUGUAUAGUAUAACCCAGAACUAAAAAUAUUAAACCUUCCAAUAUUACGUGAAUGUAAAAAUGCAUAAACUCACAAUAAGACACCAGGAGUUGUGUGAUAGACACAAGACAAGAAACAUAAACUCUGAUGUUCUCUUCCUGAAAGAGGAAAAUAAUUGAGAUGUUGGGAAAAUACGCCCCAGAUUUGUCAAAAGACAUAUC